AUGUCUAAUGGAGGUACUUCUAAUAAAGGAACGCGUAUUAUCCUUGGUUGGAACUCUGAUGUGGUUGAUGUUAUGAUACUAGCUCAAACGGACCAAGUGAUACAUGCUCAGAUAAUCUACAAGGUCGACCAAAAAGGUUUCUUUUGUUCUUUUAUUUAUGCUGAUAACUACUAUAAAAAUAGAAGGGCCUUAUGGCAGAACUUAUGCUAUCAUAAGAAUUUUGUCAAGGACCGACCUUGGUGUAUUUUGGGAGAUUUCAACUCGUCUUUAGAUCUUGAGGACAGUUUUUCGGGAACUUCUACCAUUAGUAUUGGUAUGAGGGAUUUCAAGGAAUGUGUUAAUAGCUUGGAAAUGUUUGAUAUUAAUGGCUCAGGACUACAUUAUACUUGGAAUCAAAAACCAAAAAAAGGGAUUGGUAUUCUCAAGAAGAUUGAUCGAGUUAUGGGAAAUAUUCAUUUUAUAGAUUGCUUUCCAUCUGCUUGUGCUAUUUUCCAACCUUAUAGAGUCUCUGAUCACUCACCUUGUAUCUUAAAGUUACCCAACAUUGCUAGAGGUAGGAAACCCCCAUUUAAAUUUGCAAAUUUCUUUUAUACUAAGGCUGAAUUUCAGGGGGUUGUUGAGCAAGCUUGGAAUACUGAGAUAGACGGGGUAAAUCAGUACAGGGUAGUAAAGAAGUUAAAGCUACUAAAGACUCCGUUUCAAAAUCUCUUAUUCAAGCAAGGUAAUCUACAUAAAAGGGUGGACGGUUUACGAACUGAGCUUGAUGAUAUUCAGAGAUCUAUUGAUCAGGAGCCCGACAGUGCCAGAUUACAAGAAUUAGAAAGCGACUAUCUUCAGAGAUUUAAAGAAGCUGUGUUAGAUGAGGAGAACUUCCUAAAACAGAAAUCCAAGAUUGACUGGUUGGCAACAGGAGGUAAUGUUUCAAAGACCUUUGUUCAGCACUAUGAGAAAUUUUUAGGUAUACAAGGUGACGUGUCCUUGCAACCUGCACCGGACUUGUUCACAAAAGUGUUAAAUAGGAAUACUGCCCUUAAGAUGAUUCGUGAGGUAUCUGACACGGAGAUUAAGGAUGCAAUGUUUUCGAUUUUCGAUAUUAAAGCCCCUGGACCUGAUGGUUUUUCAUCUGCUUUCUUCAAAAAAGCCUGGUCAAUUGUCGGUAAGGAGGUCUCUUUGGCAAUACAUGAUUUUUUCAAAAAAGGCAAACUGCUUAAGGAACUAAAUCAUACCAUCCUUGCUCUUAUUCCUAAGAAUCAAGGAGGAUUAGAUGAAGUGGUUAGUGUGAAUCAAUCAGCUUUUGUGCCGGUUAGGAAAAUCUCUGAUAAUAUUUUGCUCACUCAAGAAAUUAUGCAUAAUUAUCAUAGAAAUCAGGGACCGCCAAGAUGUACUUUCAAAGUGGAUAUUCAGAAGGCAUAUGAUACUGUUGAUUGGGAUUUCCUUAGAGCUGCUAUGUUUGGGUUUGGUUAUCAUCCAGUUCUUAUAAAUUGGGUGAUGUUGUGUGUGUCGUCCACGACAUUCUCCUUGAGCAUUAAUGGACAACUGCAUGGUUUUUUUAAGGGUAAGAGAGGUCUUGGCAAGGUGAUCCUAUCUCUCCAUAUCUCUUUACUCUAG